UAUGUAGUAAGUAUCAGCGUUGGGUAUUGGUGUUUUUUGUCGAUCCAGUUCCGACCGACCCCUUUCAAAAUAUCUUAGCUCCGACUUCGGGAGCUGACUUCGGAGCUACUUCUCAGGAGCCAGCUUCUUCCAACUUCUUCCAGCUCCCAGAGCCAGCUUCUUCCCGCUACCAGCUAGCUUCUUCCAACUUCUUCCACCUUCCAUCCAUCUCCCAGAGCCAUACCCUGCACUGUCGGGUCGGGGUAUUUUCUAAACUUCAUUUUUCUUCCAAAAUUUUUUCUGUUUAGCUCAAAAUACCUCAAAUUUACCUCAAAAUAAAUAUUUUUAUUUGUGUUUUAUUUUUUUUUGUGUCUUGUUCCCCUUCGGAUUAUUUAUGAUAUUUAUUUUUUAUUUACGCGUUCCUCUUUAUUUUUUAUUGAUUAUUAAACUUUUUAUUUUAUUUUUUUAGAGAUCUCAAUUUAUUUAUAUUAAUUAAUUGAAUGGUAACAACAGAUCCACAAUGCUUGGAAGCGAAUAUUUAAAUCAUUUGUGGAAAGGCGGCAGCGGCAAAUUAAAAGCCCUCGCCAGGCCGUUGUUAAAGGAUGGCAUUGGGGAUCGCAUGGACAAAGGCAACUUAUGGGUAAUUCCCGGCUUUACUAUGUUCGUAUUUGCAGUAUUAUGGACAACUAAACUAUCAAAAAUAGCCCUCGAAGAGUCCACAUGCCGCGGUGCCUCAAUUUACAAUUUUGAAGGAACACAAUUAGACGACGAUGCCAAAAGGCAUUGUGAAACAGCAAAGCGCUAUUAUGUUGGCGUUAAUGAACAAUUUUCUCUCGAUCCUUCUUGGAGAACGCAGAGAGAAGUUAAAAACCCUGAAUGGGUUCUCUGGUUUUGGGGCCCAAUUGUCUUCGUUAUGUAUGUUCUGACACGUUUUGUAUGGACUCUAUUAAUGGAAAAUCAAGGUAUCAACUUCCCAAACGUUAUUAGCGCUUCUCAAUCGGUUACUGUAGAAACUGAUGGAAUUAUUGAAGUAGAUGAAGAACGUUUGUUGGAAAGGCUGUCUGUUGUUGCUGAAAAUUUUAGAACGGCAUAUUCUUCAAGAGCAUUUGGCGCCUUUCUCGCCUUUGAAUUUUCACUUGUAUUGGCACCACUUAUUUUGUUACUAUUUGUUCUUCCAUUGAUGAUUGGUGCUAAUUAUCGGUCUUGGGGAUUUGAUAUUAUGCGAGCUUGGUGGGAGGGUAGAGAUUGGCAAGGAAAUCCACUUGCUCCAUUCUUCGAAUUUUCUGGACACAGAGAUCGAAGUAUGCUCGUUCCAUUGGUGCCUCGAAUUACUUAUUGUGACUAUCAUUUUGUUUCGCUCGGCAACACACACACGCUAACCUAUCGUUGCUAUUUGGAUGCAAAUUGGCAUGAAAGGACAGCUUUGUUUACUUGGGUUAUGCUUGUUUUCUUAACGUUAAUAAAUGUUGGCAAUUUAUUCUUCUGGGUAGAAUGGGCUAUUCGAAUGAGAAAUAAAAGGCAACGUAGAAAAUGGGUUACAAGGAAAUGGUUAAAUGCUGAUGGAUUUAGUGAUGCGGAACUUACAAUGAUGAUUAAAUUUGCUGAAGAAUUUAGAAUGGGCCAACUCCUCUACUUCUACUUUAUCGAAUGCCAUACUGAUCGUGUUGUAGCAAGUGCAUUCUGUACAGCACUGUUUGGACGAUGGUUGGAGAAGAAAAGACGACAACGCGCAUCUUUGGGAAUGAAUGAUUCAUCAUAUCCAAUGUCACCACCACCUCAAAAUGGCGACGGAAUGGAAAAUAGAGAGCUUGGUUCACCUAUCGGAUGGAAGCUUAACAACACUUAUCCUCAUGUCAUGCCAACUGCACCUUUUGCAACUCCACCUUCAAUGUCCUUUUCGGAUGCACCAACUGUCGCUAUGGGUGGCCGGAAGUCAAUCUCCUCUUCUGGAAUUCCUACGCCUAAAUCUCCAGCGCCAGUAACGGCUACAACACUCGAAAUGGGAUCAAUUCCCAGUACAACAGCUAUUGUUGGAAGCAUGAAAGGUCGUUGUCCAAAUAUGGCAGCGGAAGUAGGGCGGGAGUCAGCAUUUGGCAAUAGCGCAUUUGACAGGAAGAAAUACAGCAAAGGGCGUUUACAACGGAUGAAUGAAGCUGGUUUACCAGAAGUAGAUGAAGAACAACCAUUAACAAUGAAAGUACCCGAAGGGGAUGAGAAUGAAGAGAAGGAAGUAGAUGAGGAAGAAGAGGAAGGGGAUGAAAGCAGCAAUACUAGCAUUCAAAAGGGGACAUCACAACAAGCCAAGCGGAAAGUUACUGACACAAAAGCAACAUCAAAGCAAAGGGAAAGCACCCCGCAGGCUAAGAAACGCGGCGGCGGUGUUGAUGAAAGAACGCCAUUGAGAGAAUCUUCUGUUGGAACAACUACAAGUGGAGGAUCGAGUGGCGGUAAUCAGAAAAAGGGAGGAAAGAAGAAGGGAACACCACCAAAAGAUACUUUUCAAGAUGAAGAAAAUGAAGCUUGGUGA